UACACCGAAGACAACAACGGAGGAAGCCAGUAAUGUUUUUGUCACUGUCAGCAAACCAUAACACAGUUAGCACACUGGUCGUAAAAUUAGCAUAAAUGUUCCAAUUUUUACUUUAAUAGUAUGUUUGCUUCGUUCGAACAGAUGGUCCAUAUGGUUGGUUCAUCUUCCAGCCAGUAGCUUCAACGUUACUUAGUCUAUAUUCUUUAAAUACUAGCUAACCUUAACUACAUCAACAAGCAGGCUGCAGCUGACCCUUCACUCCGGGUCGGUUGAAGAGGAGUGCAGUGAACUGGAUAAAUGUAUCUGGCGGAGGCAUGAAGAGAAACACUUCCGGGUGACAAUGCAGCUUCACCAAAUAAACAAAAUUUAACGAAAUAAACAAGGCGCUGUGAAUCGUCACUGGUCUGCGGACCAAGAGAGACAGACAAACAACUUGCCAGUGAUGCUACACCCGGAAUGGCAGAGAGACAGGACAAUGAGGUGGAGGAGGCUGACCAGGUCUACCUGCUCAUGAAGGAGGAGUACCGCAUCUCCCGAAACGUGCGCCUGGCCUGGUUCCUGAGCAAACUCAACCAGGUCAUCCGGCCCGCCCCCAAGACGGAGCUGCUGAACUCCGAGAAUGAGCUGGACGUCCUCAGCAUCCUCCCGAAGGGGUGGCAGCCCGACUUCUCCCCGUCGACCCUGCCGUACCAGCUGGUGCCCUCGACCCGGGUCACCUUCCUGGCCCGCCGGUACCGCUUCAUCAUCGAGCUGGACCUCAGCCCCUCCACGGGGAUCGUGGACGACAGCACCGGGGAGAUGAUAUUCGACGAGGUGUUCCACGCCCUGUCCCGCUGUCUGGCCGGACUGGCCCGGCCUUUCAAAGUCCCUGGCACAGACCUCAUGUUCCAGCCGGAGAUCUUCAUCACCAUCCUCGCCUACUCCUCCAUCAUCGGGCUCAACUCUCACCAGGUGUUGGUUCAGGGCUGCCAGCUGGAUCGGACGGAUCUGGACCAGUUCCUGCAGCAGAUCUACCAGCAGCUCAGGGCGGUGGAGAACAACAUCGCGGAGGUCCUGCAGCAGCUGCACCACCAGGCCAGGGGACAGGCCGAGGGGGGUGUUCCGUGCGCCGGGAUCUCCGGGGACAUGGCGGAGGACCAGCCUCAGAAGAAGCUGGGCGUUUCCAUGGUGACGGCGGACGUGGGGCUUGUCAGUAUGGUCCGGCAGGGGAUUCUGGCUCUCCAGCUUCUCCCCCCCAACUCCAGUGCGGGUAUAAUCAUCAUCACGGACGGUGUGACCAGCGUGCCUGACGUUGCCGUGUGCGAGACCCUUCUCAACCAGCUGAGGAGCGGAACCAUCGCCUGUUCCUUUGUUCAGGUGGGAGGGGCUUUCUCGUACGACUGCAGCUUUGGAUACAUCCCCAACGUGGAGCUCAUGAAGUUCAUCUCCCUAGCCACGUUUGGGUCCUACCUGUCAAUCUGUCCGGAGGUGGACCUCUCCAAUCAGGAAAUGAACACGUAUCACAAGGCCUUCCUCACCUAUUCCUUCCUGAAGACCAGCGAGUCCAUGAAUCCUGAGUACUACUGCGUCUCUCAACACAAGCUGUUCAAUGAGCACCUGGUGUCGGCCAGUGGGAACCCCGCCCUGGUGAUGCGCAGGAAGAAGCACACGGAGAAGGAGGUCCACGCCCACCUGGUGAGCGUGGUGUCAGUCCGGCUGAGGGAGGGCUACACUAUCCGUGAGGUCAACUUCACCAAAGGGGGCAGUCAGUUGGAGGUGAAGCUGGUUCUGCUGUGGAAGCACAACAUGCGCAUCGAGUACCUGGCGGUGGCCUCCUGGCCCCUCGACCCCGGGAACCGCACCACCUGGGUGGAGGUGACCAUGGAGGGCAGCUACGACAUCCUGCACGACAUCAGCUGCACCAUGAGGAAGCCCAUCACCAGCCCCUACCGCACCUCCGUCAUCCGCCGCUUCUGGAACACUCUGCAGAGCAUAAACCAGACUGAUCAGAUGCUGGUCCACCUGCAGUCCUUCAACUCCAUUCCAGAACAUUACACCAUCCCAGAGAGCACCAAGAACGGGGUUCCCCUCUUCUACAUCCCCCCUGGCUCCACGACGCCGGUGCUGUCACUCCAGCACAGCGGCUCCAAGGACUCCAGCCAGUCCCAGUUCGCUUCCUACUGGAAGCCCAUCCUCUCCAUGGACGCCAACUUCUGGCAGAGGUGGCUGCACAUGCAUCGCAUUGCCAUCAUCCUGGAGCACGACAGCCCCGUGCCCAAACACCUACACACUGCCGGCAGCAACGGACGCUUCAGCACCAUCCAGUGCCGCAUCUCGCACUCGGCCCUCACCUCCCUGCUGCGGGACUGGAGCAGCUUCGUGCUGGUGGAGGGCUACUCCUAUGUCAAGCUCAUUUACAGCAGCGCUUCCGACCAGCCUCCCUCCUCUUUCUACCUGGUGCGUCUGAUCUCCAAGGCACCCUGCAUGGUCCUGCGCCUGGGCUUCCCGAUCGGGACCCCUGCCCAAACCAGGAACAAGAUUGUUGACGAGCUGCGAGACCAGAUCCUUCGGCUGCGGUUCCCCCACCGAGUCCAGAACAAGGAGGCCACACCCAAAGUGAAGAGGAAGAUCUUGGGGAACGCUUCCCCCUCCAAAUCGCCCCCUCUCCCGACCCCGAAGCCGACGCUCUCCGACCGGCCCUGCGUGGUGGUGCUCAACAAACCGCUGGAAAAGCUUCUCAUCAGGUACGAGAAGCUCCCGACCGACUACCGCACCCCGUUCAUCCUGAACAUGGAGCACUUCGCCCAGGGGCCCACCAUGUCGGCCCCCCUGACCGUGGCGGCCAGCCGCACGGCCUCCUCCACGCUGGCCUCGCUCUCCCGCUACUUCCUGCACCAGCGCUGGGUGUGGGCGGUGCAGACCGCCGCGGGACCGGCGGUGCCCCUGCAGGCGGUGGCCCACAUCCUCUCCAUGCUGUCCGAGAUUCGACUGUCAGAAGGAUUUCACUUUGCUGCUAGUGGUGAAGGCAUCAUCAACAUGGUGACAGAGCUGCCGAUGAAGGGCAUGCCCGCCGCAGUGGACAGAGAACACCACACCUGCAUCGUCCAGUACAUCCUGUUUCCCCCACACUCUACCUCCACCAAGGACAGCUUCUCCACAGAUGACGACAACGACACGGAGGUGGAGGCCAUCGACACGGACACCGAGCUGAACCUGGUGACGGAGUGCUGGGUGGAGCCGCAGAGCGGCACGGUGUGGAGCUCCUCGGACCAGCACCGCCACCUGCAGGGCCUCAGCUAUGAGGAGAUCCCGCAAGCGAUUUUUCCUCGCGACUUGACCUGCAUGUCGACCAUGAUGACCUUUGAGUACCUGAGCCAGCUGUGCCAGAACAAGGACCAGGUCUACCCGCUGUGUGCGGUCAAGAGUGAUCCAGGAGAAGCCCCAGCUGCUGAUGACUGCAUCCACACUGUCCCUUUCCAGUUUGACCUGAUGAAGCUGCUCCCUAAGUGCCAGCAGAUUGAGAUCUUCUUCUUCACUCUCAGCAGAGUGGAGAGUGAAGAGCCGGCCCAGAGCUCCUCCUGCCUGCCCAACGAGCUGCUGCUCAGCCUGUUCCACAGCUGUCUGCAGCAGGACCUCAGCGACCGCGAGAUCCCAUUGGCCGAUGCCGACCACGUGACCUUCAUGCAGCAUAUCCUGCAGAGGGAGCGAGACGGACACGUGGCGCCCUUCUCCUUGCCUGUCAUAAAAGAGGAGUGCCUGAAAGCCCCCGAAAGGCAGGGCACGGUGAUGUCAUUCCACACGGUCGGGAGCAGUAAGGAGGUGACGGGCUCCACCAGUACUCUGCAGAGCUUCAGCAAUGCAGACCUGGCCGAGGAGGAACGCCUUCCUCCAGAGAGCGACAGCCCGUCUCCGCAGUGGAAGUGCUACGCCAAGUUCGUCAACCCCCAGCAGAUCUUCCUCACCUUUCUCCCCGCUACCUUCACAGACGUGCAGAUACUGAUGGCCUCCGGACUGGACCGAGAGCCCUCGGGCAGCGGGAGCUCCCAAGAGGAGGACGACACCCUCACACACAGCCGCGGCCAAUCGCAGACGGACUCUCACGACGGCUCGGCCAAUGGGCCGGGGAGACCGGAGCCUCCUCCUGCUGAGCAGGGGGCCAGCCCCCUUCUGAACGGCCCCGACGACAGCCUCCUGAGCCCCGGCCUGAGCGUGCAGUCCCCUUCGUCGGACGGCAGGAAGUCGGAGGAUUCCACUCUGGAGUUCGAAGACUGGGCCGGCAGGGGUACUGCGCAAGAGAAUGGCCCUGAACGUCCAGGUGCAGAGGAGAGGGAGGGGGUGCAGUUCGCCGAGCCGCAGAAGCGGGACUUCCACAUCACCUUCAGCCGGCAGGUGUCUCAGCAGAGCUCCGGAGACCUGUCCCGGCCCCGCUGCCCCGUCUACGUCUACAGCUGCUCCCUGGAGUCCCUCAAGGAGCAGCUGGUGCACCCCCGGGCCGGCCGGCAGCCGCGAGACGUCUUCUUCAGACCUCAAGACGCAGACUCCUGGGAGAUCUAUCAGCAGAUGAAGUUCAGGUCCCUCUCCCAGGAGCGCAGCAGCACCUCCUCCUGGACGGAGCUGAUGGCGCACCCGCACAAGCACAAGGAGCUGGCCAACUACUGCAGCCUGCUGCAGGAGCACUACCACCAGAGCUACGUCAAAGGCGUGUACCGCAGCCUCCAGCAGACCCACUACAUCAGCUCCCAGGACGUCCUGACCGCCAUGGACUACUGCGAGGAGUCCCUGCAGGAGAUCGACAUCGGCGCCUUCCUGCAGACCCUGUGCGGCCACAUCCGCGCCUUCCGCGAGCGCCAGGAGCUGCCGGGCGCCGCCGCCGCCAGGGGGCGGGGCCCCCACGCCAACCCCGCCACAUUCACCAUCGGCGAGGCCGAGGACGAGGGCGCGUCCGAGAGGGGGGUGCUGGCCUCCUCUUCCAGUGUGGAGGCGGAGGAUGUCAGCGAGGCGGAGUCUAGAGGGAAGCCCUCGGCCCCCACCUCCCCUGUGGCACCAGAGGAACCCAAAACCCACAGGGUCUACCCAGAAUUCCCUCUAUCGCUCUUACAGACCCAGCAGAAGUGUGAGGUUUUCCCUGACCUGCACAAGAUUAUACAGGAUAAAUUCAUGGAAAUUGGUGCUCAGUACUUCAAGACAGUGCCUUCAAACCCACACUACUUCUUUUACUGCCCUCCGUCGGCUAAGAAAGAGGAGGACUCGGACCACGAGGAAGAGAGGAGGCCCAGCGAGGAGACCGAAGUUUCGGAGGCCGAGCUCGCCACCGAGGACGAGAAUAUGUCCGGUUGCUGCAUCGUGACGGAGAGCGACACGGACCUGGAGGUGGAGUACCAGGAGCGCGCCGACAGGAAGUUCCCGGACAACGACUCGCUGUCGGACUCCAACACGGUGAACCAGGACGAGGACUCCUUCAGCAUCCUGGAGGGGGACUCCCUGCUGGAGCCGGAGGGGCCCCAGCCCGAGAUGCCCCCCCUCUUCGUCCACCUCACCUGCUCCGUCAACGUGAAGAACUGCCACGGCUCCAUGCCCAUACAGACACUGCCCACCUGCCUGGGUGAGCUCAUAUCCUGCCUGGAGAACGCGGAGUCCCUUCAGUCGGUGGAUCUGAACGAGCUGUCGGUCACCCUGGACAUCUUCGUUCUGACCCUGCCUCUGGAGAUCGAGGGGAUGGCCUCCGACUUCCACCACAGCCGGUACACCUCAGAAAGCAGCGUGUCCCUGAACCGCUCCCCCGGGCAGCCGUCGUCCUACCGCUCGGACGAGGAGCUGAUGGGGACCCUGGACAGCCUGCGGGGCUCCGGGGUGGACGGGGUUUCGGGGGACACUCUGGCCAAACUCCCCAUCCCGCACAAGCUGGCUGUCUUGGCCACCAUGGACGAGAUCCGCUGGCUGCUGGAGGACGAGAUCGUCUCCGCCCUGCGCCACUCCCGGGUGAUCGGCGCCCCCACCCUGCAGAAGGUGGCGGACCACGUGUACCGCUCCAGCGGGCGCCCCCGCUGCCACUGCGAGGUGGUGCCCCUGCAGUUCGUCUUCGGCCCCGAGCAGUCCCUGGAGAGGUUCAAAGAGGAGUUCCGCAGGAUGUCCCUCCAGGGUUACCUGCUGAACGGGGGACUGGAUAACUUCCACUACGUGUCCAUCAGCCGGCUUCACUCCCAGCGCAUCCUGGCCGCCCGCAAGCUGUCCGAACCGCCCCCGAACGCCGAGGAGGAGGGCAGGGCCGCCCAGCAGCCCAAUCACUGUGCGGGGGUGGAAGAGACCCUCGGGGCGUCGGCCAAUCGGAACGCGGCAGGGAAGGACGCGGACAGUGAAGCCGAGAUGGAGAGGGCGGAGCCUAACUCUGCGGGGCAGGGAGAGGAGAAGCGGGCGGUGCCAGGGCAGGUGCCCGGGUGCGAGCCCGCCCCAGAGCCCUGCGACGGCGGCCUGGCGGACAGGGAGGAGACCUGCCCCCAGAGCUCGGGCAGCGUUGGCGGCAGCAGCGCCACAGGGGACAAACCGCCGUCGGGCCCGCCCCUCCUGCAGCCCAGCGGCAGCACGGACCGGUCCUCCGAGCACACCUCCCCCCCCAAGACCCCCUCGGCCGUCAGCCUGGCCGAAUCGGUGCAGUCCGCCACUCACAGCAGCGGGAAGCUGAGGCCCAGCCGGGUACAGAGCGUGGUGUCCAGCCAGGGCAGCCUGGACUCGGACAUGCUCGGCUACGACGGGGGCAGUAGUGACUCCGAGUGCGAAGACCCCACCAUGGACGAGCAGGAGCCCCAGUGUCCGCUCAUGCCCGACUUCUGGCUGAUCGUGAAGAUCCAUCAGGACAGAGUGGAGGUGUACUCCCACUCCAGGAGCUUCAAUGGAGGAAAGGAGGAGGGGACGGGGGAGGCGGAGAAAGAGGAGGAGGUGCCCGAGUACCUGCAGCUCCAUCACACCGUGGUGCGGAAGAUUGGGGAGAUCUGCCGCGUGGUCAACCAGCGCCUCCUGCUGAAGGACCUCCACGACAGCCACGUGUGCAACUCCCUCCUGGUGGCGGAGAGCGAGGAGGACAUCUGGAAGAACGAGUCUCUGUACAGGCAGAAGAUGGCCAGCUCCGACGACUACAACGCGGAGGAGAGCUACCAGCCCCGGGACUACCUGGCUGCCACCAUGCAGUUCAUCCCGGGCCACUUCGCCUGCGACGUGGUGUGGAGCACGGUCAUCCACAUCCACCCCCGCCUCAAGAUGGGGCCCAACAUGGGCGUGUCCAGAGCGAUCCAGGCCCUGCGGUCAGUGCUCAAUGCCUUCUGCGUGGUCAACAGGAAGAACAUGUUCGUCUACCAGGAGCGCACUACAAAAUCAGUCUUCUACCUCAGACUCACCGAGACGCCCCAGAGCGGGAAGUUUUCGGAUCUGGACGGCAACCCCCUGCACGCGUCCCGUUCGGUGGGCCUGGCCCGCAGCCAGGAGCCCAUCUACAGCGAGGACCUUUCGGGGUCCCGUUCCUCCCUGGAAGGGUCCCGCCCCUCCCUGGAUGGGUCUCGCCCAGUUGGUCAGGUGGACAAGCACAUCCUGCUGCUAGUGCACGGCGUGGGCCAAGCUGGUCCGGAGAUCACGGACGAGCUGGUCAAGGUUCUGCGCAAGCGGCUGGACGAGGCCACGCUGGACAUCAUCACCGUCAUGCUCGUGCGCAACUGCAAGCUCACGCCGGCGGACGUGGAGUUCAUCCAGCCGCCGGGCUCCCCGGCCACGGAGGUGAUGGAGUUCGUCCUGCCCCAGUACUCGCUGGCCUGGAUCCAGGCGGUGGCGCACUACCUCCGGCAGAACCUGCUCAUCUUCCUGCACAUCCCCAAGUACACUGACAGCAACAUGGUCCACCACUUCAAGCACUACUUUCAUUCCAGCAGCGGGUUGCCUGACUCCGAUAUCUACCUCUACAAUAAGCCUGGGGGUCAGGGAACGGGAGGGAAAGGUACCAUGUCGGAGCUCGUUCAGCACCUCUUCCCACCUUCCCAGUUCCAAGGGAUCGCUUGCAUCGCCCUGUCUUUCGUGGACGCUCAAGGCCGCCCCCUGCAGGUCCCGGCCCAGGAGUGCACCGAGGCUCCGCGCGGAGACUCCUCCGCCAUCGCGCUCCAGCCCCAGCACUUCGAGUCCCUCACGACCGUCGUCAAGCUGGGCCCCCACGGCCAGGAGACGGGGGCGAAGAUGCGCGUCCGAUUCGACAUCUGGGAGCAGGGGAACGUGAGCCCCCUCCAGCUGACCGACAAGCUGCGGGGGGCCCUGCGGCACGCCCUGUGCGACGUCAUCAUGGAGUUCCGGGUGCUGCCCAGCCCUUUGUGUCUGGAGGUCUUCAGCGUGCCCGCGGCCGUCCCAGCAGGCCAGAGUGACCACGCGAACGGGCUUCUGAUUCCACAACAGCCUGAGAGCAAAGAGAACAAGGAUCCAGUCCGGCAGUCCAGCGGUCCCAGGGGUAUUAAAAGCAGCCCCUCUCCCAUAACCCUGAUACCUGCGCCUGGCACCACCCCUAGCACCGGGACCAGCACCCCCGAGUCCACCACGCCCACCGGCAGGACCACCCGCCGCAGCUUCUGGGAAAUACUGAGCAAGCCGGACCCCUCGGAGCUGGGGAGCCCCAAAACCACGGACGACAUCGUGCAGGAGCGCGGGGAGGACAGCCGGGCGGCGCGGCGGCGGCACAAGACGGAGAGCGUCAAGCAGCAGUGGAGCCAGGAGAGCAGGCCCCGGGCCGCCGAGCUGGAGCAGACGCAGAGGAGACAUGUGGCCCAGCUGGAGGAGGGGGACAUAGGGACCCUGCAUCCGGUUUACCAGAGCACCUGUCAGCCAUGGGUUGCUUUCAUGGCCAAGCUGGGGUGCCCCUCCAUCCAGCAGUGCACGGCUGAGAUUGCCUCUCAGUUCCUGCUCCCCUCAAUCCUAACCGAGAUUGUCAAUCUGGUCAGCUCCCUGGCCAGUGACACUACAGUGAAGGUAUUCGAAAAGACAAGUGGCCCUCAGGGAGACACUUUCAUACCCCUGCCACUCAUUCAUCACCCCGGCAACCCUCCUGGCACUGCCAGGCACUUCAUCCUCAUUGGACGGAACUUCCACCAAUGGCACUGCAGCACGGAGCAAGAAGACAGUUCAGAUGAGGAAAACACCCCUGUGCUUAAUAGGUUCACACCUCACAAGGGGUUCCAGCGAUUCGAGGCCCUGGAGCAGAGCGACUGGUUCAGCCCCGGACAGGCCUGGAAGGGCGUGGCCCCGAGACAGAGGUUCCUCAUCAUUCACAUCCUGGACAAGAAGGUGACCCUGUACACGUAUAACUGGUCGGUGGACCUGGGCGCCAGCCUGAGCCGCGAGCUGAGCCGGCUGGUGCAGUGGCAGAACGCCCGCUCCCACGCCGUGCACUGCCUGCUCAGCCAGAAGAUGGGCCUCUUCCACCACUACUGCUUCUCCGACACGCCCGCGCACGAGGACCUCAAGCAGGAGCCCAACCCCUUCCUGAACUCCACCCUGGAGGCGGACGCCCUCCUGCGCAGUCCCGUCCCGCCCGUGCCCAACAAGGACCAGGGGAGGCUGAGCAGCUCCGGGCGCGGCCUCCCCCCGCUCCCCUUCCCGCCGGAGCUGGUCCCCUUCGACGAGGCCCUGCGGGACGUGGGCGCCGGGCGGCCCGUGGACCCGGCGGGCGGGGCCGACAUCGUGGCUCGUCACGGAGCCCAGCUGCUGGAGAUCAAGGCCGCCGAGCGCAGAGAAAUGGAGAAGCAGAUGAAGAUCGAGAACCUGUUUGUGACGUGGCAGCAGAGAUCCGCGCAGUCCAACAUGCCCAUCACCGCGGCCGACCUGGACACCCUGAAGCAGUCGUCCCGCCUGGUCCACUACUGCGCCACGCCGCUCCUCUUCGACCCCGUCUUCCGCAAGCAGAUCCAGGAGGAGCAGAUCAUCCACCCGCAGGUCAAGAAGCGGCACCGCUCCAACGACUCCAACGCCUCGGGGCGGGACCGCAGCUACAGCACCGACUCGGCGGAGAUGCUGCCCUGCCGCCUGCGGGAGGAGCCCUGGCUGCAGGACAUCUCCAGCACCUUCCUGCAGCAGUACGUCCAGUACCUGCAGAGCAUGGGCUUCAUCCUGGUGCAGGUCCGGCCCCAGUCCCCCGCACGCAGCAUCGCGCGAGCCCGGGCGGCCGCCUUCAGCUCGAUGUCCACCGAGGGCCGGACGUCCUUCUCCUACAACAAGCAGAAGAGCGAGGACAGUCCGAAGCAGAACAGCGCGUCAGGGACCGCCGCCUACCACCUCCAGCGGGCCCUGCCUGGGGGAAUCGUGCUGAUGGAGCUGGCCUUUCAGGGCUGUUACUUCUGUGUGAAGCAGUACGCUUUGGAGUGCUCGCGGAUCCCCAUGGGCCAGACGGUCAACUCCCAGGGCUCCCUCCUCCUCAGCAAACCGCGUAGCAAGCCGUACGCCGAGGCCGCCUCCGUCUCUGACUCUGCGCUGUCCAUGCUCUUCACGGAGGAGUGCGACAAGGUGCGGGACCUGAUGCACGUGCACUCCUUCAGCUACGACUUCCACCUGCGCGUGGUGCACCAGUACCUGCUGGGCUGUCACAUGACCCUGCGGCAGGGCUACCAGCUCACCAGCUUCCUGGAGGACUUCAUCGCCCACCACCCGGACAUCCCCAAGUUCGGCCGCAACCACGUCUUCCAGGGAAACUAUUCUGUCUCCACGGGGAUGAUCACGGCUCACCAGCUUUACAACUACAUCACCGACCACGCCGGCACCUACAAGAUGAAGCCCCUGCGUAUGUCCAAGGCUGCAGUGACCACGGACAUCAAGAAGGGGGCGCCAAGCGCCGACCUGCACGAGUACGCGUUGGUGGCUCUCUGGAACAGCUCCGGCUCCUACAAGGACCUGGAGGGCCUGCGUCACCACGACGACUUCGACGUGUCGCUGCUGGUGUGUCACAACGCGGCUCCUUUCGAGGAGCAGUCUGAGGGGGAGAGGCACCUGCUGAGGCUGCACUACUACGUGAUCAUGACCAGCCAGCGCGAGCUCUUCCCCAGGCUGACGGCCGACAUGCGGCGCUUCAAGAAGCUUCCGCCCAUCCACCGGGAGCCCAGCGACCUGGGGGGGCGGUCCCCGCAGGAGAGGGCGGAGCCGGGCGGGCCCCGGGAGGCCGAGGACCUGUGGGAGGAGGCGGUGGCGGCGGCGGCGGCGGCCAGCGACGGCAGCGAGUUCUACCCGCCGGACGCCCAGGAGGCCCCGGGCCUCUUCUACACCUCGCCCCUCUUCCCGCUGCUCAGCUCGGAGGUGAGCGCCGCCCGCCGGCAGAUCCAGACCAGCGUGCAGCAGGCCAUGGGCCACUGUCGCCGCGACAACCUGUGGCGGCGCCUCUUCCACGGCGAGCACCUGGCCCUGGACAAGCUGAAGCUGAGCAAGCUGUCCUUCGCCGAGCUGGAGGAGCUGCUGGACGCCGUGCAGAGCCGCUCGGUCGGGGAGAUCGACCCCCAGCUGGACUGCUUCCUGACCAUGAGCCCCGGCUGGUAUCUGAGCCUGAUCAAGGUGCUGCUGUCGCGGUUUCCCCAGAGCUGCCGGCACUUUGUGGACGACAGCGGGGUCCAGUAUCUGGCUGUCCUGAACCAAAAAUUCAUAGACUGCUUUGUUCUAGUCUUUCUUGACGCCCAAGCGGGGAAAACGAGCCUCAAGGUUGUUUUCAGAGAGCCGUUGCCGUCCCAGCCGCAGCCUAGCAACAGCCCGCCGCCGCAGUUGGUGUCCAUGUACCACCACCUGGAGUCGGUCAUCAACACGGCUUGCUUCAACCUGUGGACCGGUCUGCUGUAGGGACAGAGCGCCGACCCCCCCCCCCCCCCCCCCCCCCCCCCCCCGCCACAUAAGCCUGCGCAUGCGUGUGUCCGUUUUCUGCAAAUAUGCGCGAGUGUGCUUUGCGUGCAAGUGAUAGCUUUCCAUCGGUGGCGUCGGGCUAAUGUUAGCCGCCGGGCAAAAGCAGGGCCGGUCACAUCACUGAAGACUGUGUCAUUUGCACCCGGAUCGGGGGCCGUUUUUGUUUUGCUAGCAGCUGAAUAACACUGGAGAAAAUAUUGUCCUUCUUAGACGGUGCCAAAACAAUAAUCGCCUAGCACAAGCAGUGGAUUUCAAAGGAUACCCACGAGUUUUCAGCAAUCGGGAUUUCCUUUGCGACAUCCAUCUGAGUAUUAUUCAAGCCAUUAUCGCUGACCGCGGAGGCAUUUAUAAGCGGAAUGUGGGGAAAAUUCAAACCUGUUUUCCAGGAAAUGUUCCCUCCACCCUGAGUCAAAGGCCUCCGAAUGCAAAAAAAGACGCACGUCUGCCAGUACCGGGAGGUUUUGACAGCCAGUGUCUCUUACAACAAAGAGGAGAGAGCGUUCCCUUAAUGGAGGGCACUUGAAAAAAAACACAUCGAGGCUUAGGUGAACACUACCUCAGAAAGAAGGAUUAUACUGAAGAAGCUUCAUCCCCGAAGCGAGCAUCGUACCAGGCGACGCACGUGCCAGUUAUGCAAGCGGCUCUUAGAAGAGGGCGGGCAUUUUGGCAAGGGGCGUGUUCUUUCAUCACGUCCAGCGGCCAAUCACGCGGUUCCUAAAAGGGGGGGGGGGAGACGGCCUUGGUCCGCUGUGCUUUCGGAAGCCCCCCACCCCCCCCCCCCCCUUCAUCAGACGUUUAACGGGAAGCCACGGGAGACCGCGCUUCAACCUGGAUGCUGUUAACCGCGCCCAUCAGACCGAUUUUCGGCUCCGCCUCUCUCGCACGCGCCCGCGCCCAGACCUCAGAGAGACCGCAGGUUAGGAGUGGAUAGGAGUUCGGCUACAUGGAGGAGGAGGACCCAGCAUUUUGGGGGCCAGGCGCAUCACCGACCUGCUUUGGCCAAUCCUGGGCGCUUAUCUGUUUACCGCCCAACCUCAUCUCGAACGGUUACACCCGGAUCACGCCGCUCGGCACAGGGCGUAAUUCCGAUUCCGACGAAAGGGGGGGUUUUUUUUCUGCGAACGCGAACGCUCUCUGCCGUCACAGCCCUCGGUGUCGCCCGAUUAAUUCUCCACACUUCCACCGCGUCAAAUGGACUCCCCAACGGUCCCCACUGCCAUGUCUGCAUCCCACAAGUGCCUGUUUCUUUCUUUUUUUUUCCUUUCUCCCUUUGACGAUGUGAUGGGAAUGGCACUAUUAUGUUGACCUUGAAGAGGAAUCCUUGAAAAAUCCAAUUAAACUGCCUAUUAAUUCCGCCACAGUUGAGGGCAUAGCUGGGCGCCAGCAUUUAGCAGCAGAUGAAGAGGCUAAAGCAAGGCCCUGUGGUUUCAUUUGUCCCCAGUAAGUGUAUCACUGCACUGGUAAUACACACACACACACACACGCACGCAAGCAUACAGGUUAAGCUGAGAGAUCAUCGCAAUACUCAUAGACAGCCUUAAUAGUAUGCAUUUGCUUAUCUUGAAGGAAACCAAAUAAUUUAUGGUCAGGGCCCCUAUUUAAAAGGGAGGAAGGCAGGAGUUUUAAUCAUCGAAGUGUGUGCGAGACAAUACCUUUCGCAUUUUUUUUAGUUAAGAACACUGGGUAUUUAAUACAAUCUAAUUAUUAAUGUACUUAAAUGCAAGAUGCUUAGUAAUUCAAAGGUGUGUUGAAAAGGUAAUAUAAUUUGAGUGACUUAAAUGUCUGAAGCUGUUCUAUAUGUACAUUAUGUAUAUAAAAUGAAAAUCCUAUUGUAAGUAUAAAAUGCUGCAUUAAACAUUUCAGACAAUUAAAAU